AUGGCAUCAGUCCAAUGGAACAAGCCCACUCAACAAAACAAUCAUGUUCAACCCUCCACCUUGUGCAACAAAACCAGCCCCCGAACAGGCCAAAAGGCUGGUUGCAACAAGACAAGCACUCCAACUAGCCAAAAAACUGUGUGCAACAAGACUUGCACCCAUACAAACCAAAAGGCAAAUAAUGAGAACCACUCUUUCACUGAAAAAAUGAGAGGAAUGGCACACAAAAUGUUUCACCAUGAACCUCAUACUCAACAGGGCCAGAAGGCACACACCCAGCAAGGACGCCGGUCUGUCUGCCAUGCGUCCUGUGCAACUCAUGGCACUCAUAAUAACCAGUCCCAGCACUCUGCAUCCCAUGGUUCAACUGCAACUCAUACUACAACUAAUGGAAAGAAAAAGAUGGAAGUCCACUGCAUGCCUACUAUUAUGAGGAAGAAGAACAAAGAAGAAAAAUACAAGUUCAGCGACAGCAGCAGUAGCAGCAGUGAUGACAGCGAUAAUGAAAAGUGUGGAAGGAAGAAGGUAUGA